UCUUGGAGCUCUCCCUCAGCUCAGAUUUUCCAUAUAAAGGCGCUUCUCUUGCUCACAUCAGAUUAAAAUCAUUAAAAUGCGCUUCUUCAACGCCCUCAUUCUCUCCACCCUCUCUAUUGGCGGCGUUGUCACCGCGCUUCCUACCGUGAAGAGCAGCGAUGUUGCCACUGUCUCUGUUGCCGCUGCCGCUGUCGAGCCGGCCUCCGGGAUGAAGACUGACAUCCAAGCCAGAGCGGGAGUCAAUGACGCGGCGGCGAAAGCGAAGCACGAAGCAAACCACAAGAAGGAGGACGCAGGCAAGUGCGGCACAGGCUGCGAGAACUCGAUUAAUUCGUACCACUCCCAAAACUCCCAGGCGUCCAAGAACUCCCAGGCGUCCAAGAACUCCCAGGCGUCCAAGAACUCUCAGAAGAAGAAGGGUGGACGGAGUCUUAAGAAGGAGAAGGUAAAAGCGUAGAGACAAUUGUCACACCAUGUGUCAGGCAGAGAUGUCACAUCUGGCUACGUUGGCAGUAUCACAUUCGUUUUAUCUCCUUAGGUCAAUAUGUACAGCAUUGCUUUGCUAGCCUAACACGAUGCUUAAAGAAAAUAUAGUCUUACGCAGGCUUAACUAAGUUUGCAAAGAAUAUGCUAGUAUAUGGGGUCUUUCGCUACCUAGACAGUCGGGAUAUUCCCCUAGUCUCUCGUUCUUCAUACUGAACACACCAUGUUAACCCCCUGCCUAACGACCGCUGUCCAACAACAUCAUUGCUUUUAGUUUCAUCUCUAUCACACUUUCUGUCUAGCUCUCCGACCCCGUGCGGCAACUACCUGCUGCCAUCCGGCCUGCGCGGGAACUCUGGCUACGACCUCCAUUGAGGACUCCCUCAACUCGUAGCUCUGUAGCCAAGACCAUAACUCAAAGGAAAGACACAUGUCCGAGUCCGGCGCAGAGGACAAUGAAACCACUUCCGUAUCAAGAAGCCUCUCUCCCAGUUCCCUAUAACUAACCUACUUCGCUUGAGAACCAGUGCCAAACACUUCAAGCCGCAUCACAGGUACGCCGGCAAAUGACAGCGCAUCAUCAGUCGCCCAAUUCUGAGUUAAAAAAGCACAUGUCCCAUAACAGCCAAUAUCAGUUCCGAGCGAUCCCUGGUCUUUGCAUCAAUGCCCAGCCCUGCACACAACCGCUCCGCGGCUUGAACCAGACGACCGUCCUAAAUGAGUCCAAACUCAACAGUCAUCCUGAAACAACUUCGUUCUCCCGCCCGUAAUGAAGGAUCCUGCUCCAUGCUUCUCAAAAAACUCGAGAUACCCCAUGACACCAGCCAUCAUGCGUUCGACAAACUCGCAACCCGUCAUCCUACAUUCGAGAAUCUCUUGCCAUCCACUCUUCAGUACGAACAAGACACUCUUUUCUGCUCACUCAUGAAUGCAUGUUUAGCUGGCCACCCUGACGAACCGUCACACAUCAAAGACUAGUGUAAGGUUGAAUUUGGAAAGGGGCUUAUGUAAGGGCUAAGAGAGCUGUGUAAUAAAGCGGUUGUAGAAAAUUUUGUUUGAUAAUCGAUGUGUAUUCGAUGCAAUACACCUGGGGCUCAUUGAUCAAAGAGUGGCUGUUAUGCUUGAUUGAGGGAUUCUUCCCAUCCCGGUCG